AUGCCCGGCAUGUGGGAAACGUUGGUCAAGAUGUACAGGACUGAGGGCGGAGUCCCGGCGCUCUAUCGAGGAAUCGUUCCCACUGUCGCCGGUGUUGCUCCUUACGUCGGUCUCAACUUCAUGGUUUACGAGCACGUGCGCCAAUACCUCACUUUGGAUGGUGAGCAAAACCCGAGUGCCGUCAGGAAAUUGCUUGCCGGCGCGAUCUCCGGCGCGGUUGCUCAGACCUGCACAUACCCCUUUGAUGUGUUGCGCCGUCGCUUCCAGAUCAACACCAUGUCUGGCAUGGGAUACCAGUAUAAGGGCAUCUUUGACGCCAUUCGCGUCAUCGUCACAGAGGAAGGCGUGCGCGGCUUGUACAAGGGGAUAGUACCCAAUUUGCUCAAGGUCGCGCCCAGCAUGGCCUCAAGCUGGCUGAGUUACGAGGUGUGCCGUGAUUUCCUCGUGGCUUUGAAGCCCGAGGAGACCAAGCUCUUGCAAUAA